CGCGAGACUGCGUAACCCCACUUUACUAUACCUAAGCGGUUUGUUGUUCGCGGUCCAUCCUGCUCAAAUGUUUAUCUAGGAUCAUGGUCACAUCGCCUGUAGCGUGUUUACUGUCUUGUGGUGUGUUAACUAUAUGUUUUGAAAUCAUUAACAAUUUUUUUUCGCUCAUUGGCUUGAUAAAAACGAGUCAAACGUAAAUAGAUACGUAAAUAUAGUCGGAUACGUUCAUACUUAAUGAAGGUUAUUAUUUGUUGUCGCGGCUAAGGCACGCUCAGUUCGCUAUCUGACAUCAAAUAGAGAUCACGCGCAUUGUCACGCCGCUAAUAUACGCAGUGCUCCGUCGUUCCGUGUUUCAAUUAUAACGCUCUUCUCGUUACAACACUCAAGAUGGAAGAUAUUCCAGAGCAUUUGAAGGAUCUGCUCCACAAGAUAGCUAAGGAACAAAACUUUGUUGAUUAUGAGUUGAACAUAAAGCCGAUUUCAAGCGGUGGCGCCAACUACACGUCGUGGCUGUACACGGCCAGCAUCACGGAGGGCGCGCGCACGCUGCGCCUCUUCGCGAAGGUGGCGGCCAUCGGGGAGAAGAUGCGCGCACAGGCACCGAAGAUGUAUGACACGGAGCGCUACUGCUACACACAGCUCGUGCACAUCUACGAGCGCCUGCAGGAAGAACAUCGCGUGCCGCCCGAGCACCGGCUGGCCUUCAGCCCGUUCUACGGCUGCAACCCCGAGCGCUUCCAGGAGACCAUCGUGCUGGCCGACCUGGUGGCGGACGGCUACGAGCCCUACGACCGCUUCCGCACCAUCGACUUGCCUUACGCGGAAACUGCAAUUACGGAAUUAGCCAAAAUGCACGCCGCGUCCAUGCCGUAUGCAAAAUAUCAUCCAGAAGACUUUGUCGAAAUAUUGGAAAAAGUGAGGUUUGAAUGGGCGAUGGACGAUCCAGGUAUGAAGGCGUAUAUGGAAAACCUCAUCAGUACAGCAACUAGCAACGUGAACGAAGAGAACAAGGCUAAGUUUGCGAAGUACUUCGCUGAGCUAGACAUGGAUGCAUUCAUGGCUCUGUUCAAGAGCAGUCGGAGUGAGGUGUUGGGUCAUGGUGACUACAGGCCCAGCAACCUCAUGCAUAAGAUACUUGACGACGGCAAAGUGGACAUUAAGAUAGUGGACCUGCAGACCCUGCAGGGUGGUAGCCCCAUCAUCGACCUGCUGUACUUCAUCUUCACGGGGUCCGACGAGCAGUUCCGCGCUAAGUACUUCGACCGGCUCGUGGAGCACUACUACUCGCAGCUCAGCGCCGCCAUGAAGAGGUUUAACCUCAACCCUCAAGAAAUCUUCUCUAAGGAAGAUUUUGAACAAGAACUUAAAGAGAAACUGCCGUUCGGGCUGACCCUAGCCACAUUUAUCUUGCCACUGGUGACUGUGGAGACAGAACACGCUCCGAAGGUAGAUGAGAAUAUGGACUUCCAAGAUUUCAACAUUCAGAACACCAAUGACCUGUAUAAGCAGAGAUUGAAUGGAGUGGUCAACGAUUAUGUCAAGUGGGGUAUUCUGAAGGAGUGAGUUUGAUCUAAUCGGAUAGUAUAAUCAUCGGCACGAAUCUUGAGCGCUGACCUUCACCUGCGCAGAAGUGAUUUAUUGG